AUGUAUGUGAAAUGGUUUGAUACAGGAAUGUUAUACUAUGUGAUUUUAAUUUAGCGAAUGUCACUUUUUGUCAUUUUCAAAUUUCCUGCCGUUCCGUCCCUCGUACGUCCCGACGCUCGCAGGGGACAGAACCCAGAAGACAGAUGCCGGCAUCCGCCGGCCGGGGACACUGCAGGAGGGACAUCGCGAGAGCGCAGGACAAGGUAAGUGAGCGAGGGAUCCCAGAGCAACGCUGCAGUGUAUUCCCGAGUGUAGCUCGGGGUUACCACUUGUGCUAAACUCGGGAAUACCGCCAGGGAGGUUAAGAU